GGCCGUUGCGAAUGUUUAUUUAUUAUAACAACGCUUGGUGCUAUAACCUUAACUAAUAUAACGUAAUGUAGGCGGAACGUUACGUAAAAUCCAGAUACAACAUGAAGUUGUUUAUAAGAAAUAUUUGUGCGUGUUAUAAUUACUUAAUAAGAUGAAAACUAAACUUACGGGAGAGUGACUUGACAAAUAAAUAAACAUCGCAGUGAACUUAUCAGUGUAUUGGAAUUUAAAUAACUUAGAGUAUUAAGAGACAAUUCUUAAGUGCAGUUCAGUGUUCGAAUCUUCUGAAAUGUGUGUCCAAAAGUUGGAAGGUCAUAGAUUGUUCUCCUGUAUUUUUUAAUAUGACGCAGCUUCAACCAUCUUUAAAAACAAAGAAGGCUUUGCGAAGAAGCAAACCACCGGACGGUGUCUAAGAUAUAUGACAGAUUUUAUUGAAGAGAAUUAAUAUUAUAGAGAGCCACUAAUCACCGUAUAGAUUCAACAUCAAAAGAAUAACUGAUACAUUAUCAUCUGUAGUAAUAAUUAUACCAAAGUGAGAAAAAAUGGCUAUCCAAGUCCUUUUAGCAUCGACAGCUUUAAAAUCAGUCAGCGUUACUGGUCUGUGGUUAAUACCACUUCUGCUUGGGGCCUUCACGUAUCAUAAUUAUAACUCCUACGAUCCAGAAUCGAAGGUACUAGAAAAAGAACCUAAGAGGGAGUAUGAUUUCGUUGUAGUUGGCGGAGGCUCUGCUGGUGCAGUCGUUGCCAAUCGUCUAACCGAAAUCAAAGAUUGGAAUUUACUUUUAUUAGAAAGUGGACCAGACGAGAACGAGAUUACUGAUGUCCCCUCUUUAGCCGCUUAUUUGCAACUAACGAAGUUGGAUUGGCAAUACAAGACUGAACCGACACCUUACGCUUGUUUGGGUUUUAAGAACAACAGGUGCAGCUGGCCGAGAGGAAAGCUUCUCGGCGGUUCCAGCGUUUUAAACUAUAUGAUUUACGUAAGAGGUAAUAAAUACGACUACGACCAAUGGGAAUCUUUUGGCAAUCCAGGAUGGGGAUAUCGAGAUGUUCUUAAAUAUUUUAUUAAAUCCGAAGAUAACAGAAACCCUUAUUUGGCCAAAAAUCAGUAUCAUGGUCAAGGCGGUUAUCUGACUGUGCAGGAAGCACCAUGGAAAACACCCCUUGUAGCAGCUUUCGUUGAAGCUGGGGUCGAAAUUGGCUAUGACAACAGAGAUAUAAAUGGUGCCAUCCAAACCGGGUUCAUGAUGGCCCAAGGGACGAUAAGACGCGGUUCUAGAUGCAGCACAGCUAAAGCAUUUUUAAGACCAGUGAGAACCCGUAAAAAUUUAGAUAUUUCACUGCAUUCACACGUUACUAAAAUACUCAUUAAUCCUAUGACAAUGAAAGCUUACGGAGUAGAAUAUGUAAAACAUGGUAUUAAGAAAGUGGUUUAUGCUAGAAAGGAAGUUAUUUUGUCGGCAGGAGCCAUUAACAGUCCACAAUUAUUAAUGCUUUCUGGUAUUGGUCCAAAAGAUCACUUACAGAGCGUUGGCAUAAAAGUCCUAAAAGAUUUACCAGUAGGAGAAAAUUUAAUGGAUCAUGUGGGAGUGGGAGGACUGACAUUUCUAGUCGAUAAACCAGUCGGAAUUGUCCAAAAUAGACUUCAGGCAUUUCCUGUUACAAUGAAUUACGUAUUAAACGAAAGAGGCCCCAUGACCACAUUAGGAGGACUUGAAGGUAUUGCUUUUGUAAAUACAAAAUAUGCUAAUAGCUCCGGAUUAUGGCCUGAUAUUCAAUUCCAUAUGGCUCCUGCAACAUUUGCUUCAGAUAAUGGACAAACUGUGAAAAAAGUGUUAGGUCUGAAAGACGAAAUUUAUGACACUGUUUUUAAACCUAUAGCAAAUAAAGAUGGGUGGACUAUUAUGCCACUGUUGUUACGGCCUAAUACUAGAGGUUACGUUCGAUUAAAAAGUUCAAAUCCUUUUGAGUAUCCUAUAAUGAAUCCACGCUAUCAUGAAGAUCCUCUAGAUGUAAGUCGUCUUGUGGAAGGGAUAAAAAUUGCCUUAAAAGUUGCGAACGCUUCCCCAUUUAAGCAAUUUGGAUCAAGAUUAUAUAUGAAACCAUUACCAAACUGUAAACAACACAAAUUUAUGUCCGAUGAAUAUAUUGAAUGUCAAGUUAGAUCAAUAAGUAUGACCAUAUAUCACCAAUGUGGGACGGCUAAAAUGGGACCAUCUUGGGAUAAGGGUGCUGUUGUUGACCCUAGACUGAGGGUGUUUGGUAUUGAAGGACUAAGAGUUAUAGACGCUAGCAUAAUGCCAACUAUUGUUAGUGGAAACACAAAUGCACCAGUAAUCAUGAUAGGAGAAAAGGGUUCUGACAUGAUAAAAGAAGAUUGGUUGAAUAGGUAGAAGAGACAUAAUAACAACCAUAAAUUUGAUUAAUUUAUUAUGUGUGUAGGAGGGGUAAAAAAAAUUAAGGAUGACAUCAAAAGUGAAUCUGUGUAAAACACACGAAUAUAUCUUUAGAAUAAUAUUUCACUCAUCUUUUUGCCCUUACUUUGAAUGUAGAGAUAAAGUUUAAAUAGAAUAAAUAUACUGUAAAUAGAAUAUUUAUAAAUAUAUUUAAACGUUUUACAAGAGUAAGAUUAUUUGUAAUACUUUUGUUGAUAGGUGCCAUGCUUUUUAUACUUAUAUACCUUUACACCAGCGGGUAUGAAUUAAAGCUUUAAAAUCUUCAAUGACCCAUGAAAAUAGUUUUAUGUUUAUUUUCAAAAGUAUUCAUUGUUCUUUAUUCAAUAAUAUUUCAUAAAAUUCUAUGAACUUAAUAGCAAUGAGAUUCAUGACUCCAACAUUUUUAGACAACGACCAUUUUUUUGUACUACUCAGUUGCUGAUAUAUCUGAACGUAUUUGAAUUAUUGAAUUUAGUAUGAACUAUUACAAAAUAAAGACAGUGAAUACAAAAUAUACAGUGGACAUUAACAAUAAAUUUUAUAUUUGUGGUUUUAUUGUAAAAACCCAAGGGUCACAGUCGUUGAAGAUAAAUUGAAAGAUUUUUGUUAACUGUUCUUGAUUGUAACAUUUGAACAAGUAUUAAGUUUGGUUGUUUACGAUUCGAAUAAUUAUUUCAUUUACCAUUUGUAACCAAAUAUUUUUUGUUGUUUAUUAUAAAACUUAAUUAAAUAGUU